AUGCAUCUCACUCACCUCUGCAUUAUUCUACCCUCAGAUUUUGAUGAAAUAGAGGAACAUGAACUGGCUCAUCCAACUCCACAAGCCAAUGAGAUAAAACAAGUUAAGGCCAAAAAACAGCCUCAAGGGGCAUGUGGAGGAAAAGUUGUUGCUUUCCUUCAUGGUUCUAUGACUAGGUUGCAUGACUCAAAAUGGGGGAGAAGUCUUUGCACACAUGGAGCAAGAAAAACCAAGCACAAGAAGAACUCAAUUGUGUUUCAUGACAUGGAUGGUGUACCACUCUUUAACAAGAUUGGGAGGGACAAAGAAAAUCCAAGGAUUUUUGGGUAUGCUGAACUUUAUAUAGGAUCAAGGGGUUUCUCUGAAGAAGAAGUUCUUGGCAGUGGAGGGUUUGGGAAAGUGUACAAGGCUGUUUUGCCUAGUGAUGGAACAUUGGUUGCUGUGAAAAGCUGCUUAGCAGGGAAAAGGGUACAAUUUGAGAAGUCUUUUGCAGCAGAAUUAGCAUCUGUGGCUCAUCUGCGCCACAAGAACCUUGUUAGGUUGAGGGGUUGGUGUGUUUUUGAGGAUCAACUUUACCUUGUUUAUGAUUACAUGCCUAACCUUAGCCUUGACCGUGUCCUAUUUCGUAGGCCUGAGAACUUGAAGGAAGAGCCUCUUGGUUGGUUAAGGAGAAGGAAAAUUGUUAAAGGCUUGGCAGAUGCAUUGUAUUAUCUACAUGAACAGUUAGAAACUCAGAUUAUUCAUAGGGAUGUGAAAACCAGCAAUGUAAUGCUUGAUUCCCAUUAUAAUGCUCGGUUGGGUGAUUUUGGUUUGGCAAGGUGGCUAGAGCAUGAGCUUGAGUAUGAAACAAGGAAAACAUCAACAAAAUUUGAUCAUUUCAACUUGGCUGAGACAACAAGAAUUGGUGGCACAAUUGGUUAUUUGCCCCCUGAAAGCUUCCAGAGAAAAAGCAUUGCUACCUCCAAAUCUGAUGUUUUCAGCUUUGGGAUAGUUGUGUUAGAGGUGGUGUCUGGUAGGAGAGCUAUAGAUCUUACAUACCCAGAUGAUCAAAUCAUUUUGCUUGAUUGGAUUAGAAGACUAUCUGAUGAAAGGAAGUUUGAUGAUGCAGGGGAUUCAAGGCUAUUAAAUGGUUCCUACAAUAUUUUUCAGAUGAAACAUUUGAUUCACAUAGGCCUUUUAUGCACACUCCAUGACCCAAAAUUGAGACCAAGCAUGAAAUGGAUUGUGGAAGCACUUUCUGACAUCUCAAGUAAAUUGCCACCACUCCCUUCAUUUCAUUCACAUCCUAUGUAUAUCUCUUUGUCAUCCUCAUCUGAGACUAGUCCAAGCAGCACAAGAGGCACUGGCUCAGGCAUAGACAAUGCUAGCAAUCAUGCUUCUUCCAAAUAUGUCACAGCCAAUGGUGAUACUGUGUAUGUAACUGCUGAAGCUGAACAUAGAAACAGUGGAAUAAGAUCUUCUAAGAGUAAUAGCAUGAUUCAUCAGCCACCAUUUCCUAUUGUUGAAACUCCUAGGGAGAUAUCAUACAAGGAAAUUGUGUUAGCCAUUGAUAAUUUCUCAGAGUCAAGAAGGGUGGCAGAGCUAGACUUUGGAACUGCAUACCAUGGAAUCCUUGAUGGCCAUUACCAUGUCAUGGUGAAACGCCUUGGCAUGAAGACAUGUCCUGCAUUGCGCCAUAGAUUCUCCAAUGAGCUAAGGAAUUUGGCAAGACUUCACCAUAGGAAUUUGGUGCAACUUAGAGGAUGGUGCACUGAGCAAGGAGAGAUGCUUGUGGUUUAUGAUUACUCAGCAAGAAAAAUUCUUAGUCACAAACUUCACCACCAUCAUAACAAUGGUAGUAGAAAUGAGUGUUCUGUCCUCAAAUGGCAUCAAAGAUACAACAUAGUGAAAUCACUUGCAUCUGCACUUCUUUAUCUGCAUGAGGAAUGGGAUGAAAAAGUCAUUCACAGGAACAUUACCUCUUCAGCAAUCUUUCUUGAACCUGAUAUGACCCCAAGACUUGGUAGUUUUGCUUUGGCUGAAUUUUUGUCAAGGAAUGAGAAUUCUCAUCAUGCAAUCACUGACACUAGCAAAUCAGUUCGUGGGAUUUUCGGCUACAUGUCACCUGAAUAUGUCGAAUCCGGUGAGGCAACCAUUGCUUGUGAUGUUUAUAGCUUUGGUGUGGUGGUGCUUGAGGUUAUUAGUGGACAUAUGGCUGUGGAUUUUAGGCAAAAAGAGGUGCUAUUGGUAAAGAAGGUUCGUGAAUUUGAGAUGAGAAAAAGGCCAUUGCAUGAAUUAGCAGAUAUAGGACUAAAUGGAGAGUACAGUUACAAAGAAUUUAUGAGAUUGGUAAGGUUAGGAAUUGCAUGCACUCAAUCUGAUCCAAAAUUGAGACCAAGCACUAGACAAAUAGUAAGCAUCAUUGAUGGCAAUGACAAAUUAAUCAUGGGAGAGAACAUGGAGAGCAUGGAAGAAUGGAGAAGAAGAAAUGCUUGUUCUUUGUCUCUGGUUAAGAGAAUCCAAGCUCUAGGAAUACAGUAAAAAUUUGCAGAAGAAACAUAAUGGGCACUGAUAAUUUGUAGCGUAGAGAAAGCUUUUUUCUUCUUUGUCUCUUUGUGCUUCAGCUAUUAUUGUGCUUAUUAGUCAUGCUGUAUUGUAUAUAACAUAG